AUAAAGCGAUAUUCGGAGAAGAAUUUGCAUAGAGCAAGCAAAGCGGGGGAGAAAGAGAGGCAGCAAACAAAAACAAUGGCGACGUCGCUCUCUGUUUCGCCAUCUCUCUCUCUCAACACUCUCUUCAUCGCCAAAGCGCUUCCACUAUCUCGCCCCUCCUUUCUCUCUCUCCCUCUCCCCAAAUCCCUACUCUCUCUCUCCACGCGCCGCCGCACCUUCAUCGUCCGCGCCGAAUCCCAAAACGGCGCCGACCCCGUUCCCGCCCACUACGACUUCGACCUCUUCACCAUCGGCGCAGGCAGCGGCGGGGUCCGAGCCGCUCGCUUCGCCGCCAACUACGGCGCUUCUGUCGCCAUCUGCGAGCUUCCUUUCUCCACUAUCUCCUCCGAAACCACCGGAGGUGUCGGCGGAACCUGUGUAAUACGAGGAUGUGUGCCGAAGAAGUUGCUGGUUUAUGCAUCUAAAUUUUCUCAUGAAUUUGAAGAAAGUAAUGGUUUCGGAUGGAGAUAUGACAGUGAGCCCAAGCAUGAUUGGAGUAGUUUCAUAGCUAAUAAAAAUGCUGAGUUGCAGCGUCUUACUGGCAUCUACAAGAAUAUUUUGAACAAUGCUGGGGUCAAGCUGAUUGAAGGCCAUGGAAAGAUUAUAGAUCCUCACACGGUUGAUGUUAAUGGGAAGCUAUAUUCAGCCAAACACAUUUUAGUUGCAGUUGGAGGUCGCCCCUUCAUUCCUGAUAUCCCUGGGAAGGAAUAUGCAAUAGAUUCAGAUGCUGCCCUUGAUUUACCAACAAAACCUGUGAAAAUAGCCAUUGUUGGUGGUGGUUACAUUGCCUUGGAGUUUGCUGGUAUCUUUAAUGGUUUGAAAAGUGAGGUUCAUGUAUUUAUACGGCAAAAGAAGGUUUUGCGGGGAUUUGAUGAAGAGAUUAGAGAUUUUGUUGAAGAACAAAUGUCUGUAAGAGGUAUUGAAUUCCAUACCGAGGAGUCUCCUCAAGCUAUCACGAAGUCAGCGGAUGGCUCAUUCUCUUUAAAGACCAACAAAGGUACAGUGGACGGUUUCUCACAUAUUAUGUUUGCUACAGGACGCAGACCUAAUACUCAGAACUUAGGCCUGGAGUCUGUUGGUGUGAAACUAGCUAAAGAUGGAGCUAUAGAGGUUGAUGAAUACUCUCAAACAUCAGUUUCUUCAAUUUGGGCAGUUGGAGAUGUUACAAACAGGAUAAAUCUCACCCCAGUUGCUUUGAUGGAGGGAGGAGCAUUAGUAAAAACGCUGUUUCAGGAUAACCCAACAAAACCUGAUUAUAGAGCUGUUCCUUCUGCUGUAUUUUCUCAACCACCAAUUGGACAAGUUGGUCUUACUGAGGAACAGGCUGUACAACAAUAUGGAGAUAUUGACAUCUUCACUGCAAAUUUUAGGCCGCUGAAAGCUACUCUCUCUGGGCUUCCAGACCGGGUUUUUAUGAAAUUAGUAGUCUGUGCAAAAACAAAUGAAGUUCUAGGUUUGCAUAUGUGUGGAGAAGAUGCUCCUGAAAUUGUGCAGGGGUUUGCAGUUGCUCUUAAAGCUCGCUUGACCAAGGCUGACUUUGAUGCCACUGUAGGCAUUCACCCAAGUGCAGCUGAGGAAUUUGUUACCAUGAGGACACCUACUAGGAAGAUACGAAAGAGUGAAUCGUCUGAGGGUAAGUCGGGCUCUCAAGCAAAAGCUGCAGCAGGGGUUUAACAAUAUGACUCUGCUUCAAUUGUUAUACUUGAAGAAACCAGCCGGUGCCUCAAGUAACCUGGCAGGUUGUCACUAAAUUUAUCGUGGUUGUCAAAUUAUAGGGAAGAAAUUCAGAACGAUCUUCAGCUACUGAGUUUUCAGAGCAAUACAUGGAAUAUCUCAUUAAGGUCGUGUGUCAUACUUCUCUGGUCUUGCAAUGUAAUUAUGACAGUUGGGAGCCUGGAAGGUCGAGUGAAAUUCGUGCCAAUUUUUGCCAUUUGUAAUUUAACUUAUUUUCCCAUGCAUGUACAAAAAAUAAGAGGAAAUUCCGUGUGGGAAUUUGAUUUUUACAUAAUCUCUGCAUCGAAUUUGAACUAGUUGGAAUUGAGACCAACGGCAAUGGUCAGCAUGAAAAAUAUUUUUCUUUUCUAAUAUAUAUAACGUUGUUCAUCUCUGUA